AUGCCCAUCUGCGCAUCAGCUUCAGUCAAGACGCUGAGAGGCGGACGGCCGGCGAGAUCGGCCAUGCAGCCAGAGAUAACCUUUGGUGUGGCGCGUACCGUCAUUUCAACCGAGCGAGGUUACCGCGACUUUUCUACUAGCUCCAACAUUGUUGCCGGCCGCUUGACGCCUCGAAAGACUGACCAAAUUUCUUUUCUCGAAAAAUUCAAUUCCGCUCUUUACCCUUGCUCAAAUCGGUUUGCUGGACCCAUCGCUCAUUCGGAGACGCGCCUCUCGUUGUGGGGGUUGAAAUCCAUUAGUCUACAGCCUGGCAACCGUUUGCUAACCCUUGAGAGCAAAAUUCGCGAGGGGGCAUCGCUUCAAGACUCCAGCACCCAAGGGAACCGGAGAACGCAGAGAGGCCUUCAAACUUGGCUUCCUCCACCGUGGUCGAUCCCAGGCUGGGGCGCUCCGGGAGCUCCAAUCAAAGCUAUCUAUUUGGCUGCAUCUCUAACAGGCGCAAAUACGUAUUGGAAGUUCAGGCGCGGAAUGUCACUAUCUUCCGGCUCUCACGCUAUAAUCACUGUUUUUGAACUGCCGUUGUAUUUCUCACGUUUGAGUCGAGUAGCAUCAUGGGCUGAGAUCGAUUCGAAGACUUACCGAAACGCUGACCACGACCCACUACGAUCCUCGGUCGCCACGCCUGUAUUUGUUAGAGACACGUUGCGCAUUAAACCGAACGAUGAGCUAGCUCCUGCGCGACCAGUCGAACGCUUCGCGAUUAUCUGCAUCAAAUCGCUGCAUGAGCAUAUGUCAUCGCUCUGGAGCAUCAUGCCCUAUCGCGCGCUAUCCCCUCCGAUACUGCUGCACCCCAGCUUUGACGGGGGCCUCUAUACUAAGUGCGCGGCGAUGAUCGUGUUCGAGAAGAACCCAACUAUUGCCCAGUCCGGGACGACGUCCGCCUACUUGAAACCACCCGACAUGUGGGCAUCACGGCCCAGAACGACGCCGGUCGUCCAAGAGAAGAGAUUCCCUGUUCCCGGCGCCAGUCGACCUGCGCUAAACCUUAGCCUUAUCAGCGCCCAGAUGAGCCAAUCGGAACCCCGGUCGUUUUGUCAGAGCAAAAUGUCAUUUUCCUUCUCCGCUAGCGGGGGAGGGAUCCACUUCGGGUGCGUUCGCUCCUUUCCGGCAGUCGAAAAGGAUUCUACGGAUAUGAGGUUCAGACAAGUCGAGUCGGCGUUGCAGAUUGAUGACUUGCUUUUGAAGAGAGCAAGUGACUACGUGGCUUUGGACGAUCGAAUACCGAGACCUAGAAGAGAGGCUUCCUUUGGUGUUAUCAGGAGAAGCUUGAACUGGUACAACUUACGACAUUACGAAUGUAUUCGAGGUGCAAGGAGUCAGAUCCGUUCCUUUGUCAUGAUGGAGUCGACAUCGUCCUGCAUUUUGAUCGCUUCAGACGCAGUGCGCCAAGUUCGGUUGAUGCAAUAUUUAUCAAAUGUCAAGCGUCUCUACCAGCUUGGCCAAGACCUAGCGUAG